AUGGAUGCUAAGUGUCUUGUGUCUCUUGUGGUAGUUCUCAUGGUUGGGGUGUAUGGGACCCAGGGGCAGGAUGCCAGGGUGAAGCUGUGUGGGAGAGAGUUUAUCCGUAUGGUGGUCACAUCGUGUGGGAGCUCCAGACUGAAGCGCUCCGCUCCGGAGCUUGGACAACACCACGUCAACCGCCACAGUGAGUACCACAACUCUCAAGGACCUAAUAGCUUGUUUCCACAUUUUUAUGAUGCUGUUGUUUGUGCGUGAAUUCAGUUUAGUUGAAUCCGAAAGGCAUACAUGUAUUUUUAUACUGAAAAGCAUCCCACUGGGCACACACUGGUUGAAUCAACAUUGUUUACACGUCAUUUCAAUGAAAUGACGUUGAACUAAAGUGGAAUAUACAUUAAAUUGACGUCUGUACCCAGUGGGACGAGAAUGGAGGUUAGGGUAAAUGGAAUCCUCUUCUCAACCAAGCUGACAUCCAGAGGCAUCAUUCACCCAUUAUUUUAGAGUGGGCACGAAGUAUGUGAGGAUGGAGUUGGAGAACCCCUCACGAAAACCCCUCCGGAAGUUGUAGAAUUUUGCAUUUUUCAAUCACCUGAAACAUCAUUUUCCUGCAAUCUAGAGCCAUAAUCAUCAUGCCUACUUCUAUGAACAAAUGUCUUUUUUUCUGCAUAGGUUAUCUCAGCAUAUCUUCUUUACCUGUUCAAUUGCCAUUUUACUGAGGGUGUCAUUCUGACUGUAAAUCACAUAUCUCAAUAUACUGCAAUAACAUCCCUAAGAUAUUAUAUACAAAUUACAACGACAGUACAUAGGAUCAUAACACAUAUCUUCAAUACAGGCACAUAUCAUGGCGUCAUAAUUAAUACAAAAAUAUCAUGAUAUUUAAAGAUUUAAAGAUUUAGCAUGCCAGAUGACAUUUAAACCAAGCAUUUUUCUGCAUAUCUAAGCAUACCUCUUGAGCUGUCUGUAUCCUCCUGACUGGUGGUUCUUUUUUUUUGUUUCUCUGUAUCUCUGCAAAAUCUGGUUAAAAGAUUGAAAGGAAUGUGAGUCUUAUUCAGUACAUUUAGUAAUUGCUUGCUAAAGUCUAGCAACCUUCCAGCAGGCAUACCAGCUAAUGUAGUUAGACAAGCUACUCUAAUUUGAUUGGUAGCCUGAAAUGGCUUGGUAGCUAGUUAUGAGGUUGGGAGAUUGGGAACCUACCUAGCUGGCUAGCUAAAGCCAACUUUAUGAAAUUCCUAGGUGGCUAGUAUCACAGAGAAACAACAAAACAUGUUUGUUUUAUUUAUUCAUCAAGAAGGAAUGAAUAGGCUACGUAGCUUGAUCAAAUUCAUUUACAAACAUACCUCCUGCGAGUGCUGCCCAUCACUGACAGCUAAAAUCAAAUCAAUGGCUGUGUGUCACUCUUUACUAUUUGUCUUGCUCCGUGGUGCACCUUGGACGUAACCACUUACUAGGGAGAGUAGGGGGUUCCAGCCAGAGUGCCCCCUCCGCAAAAUACCACUGAGAGAUAUUUUUAUAAAUACUUUUUAUAAAAUGUAGGCUUAAUAAGUUUAGUAACUCAUUUAACAUCUACAAAAUGUCAAAACAGGACAAAUAUGAGGGGGCACAUGCCCUUGUGCCCCCUAUAGGCAUGACACCUCUGCUGAUAUCUGCCUAAAUUGUAAAUUAUACCUAAUUCAGUUUUUUUCCAUCUACAGGGGCAAUUCUGGAUUGGCUGAACAGCAAUCAGUUUGCCAACCUGAGGACUGCAGAGCCUGGCGAAGAUGUGAUGACACAGCGAGACGACCAGGACUUCACAGAGAGUCUGACAGAAGACCAGCAGACCCAUCUAGGGUUCCCCAGCACACCUCCACAGGUCCAAGUGGACAUGGAGCCUUCAACCAUCCCUCUGGGGUACACCGUGUCCUCCCGUACCCGCCGAGACGUGGGGCCUGCUGGGGUGUGCUGCCGGUCCGGCUGCACCAUGAGCGAGCUGGUCCAGUAUUGCUGA